GUCAGCUCCCAGUCCCUCGGCCGCCGGAGCGGGCAGCAAAGCGGGAGCACGGCUGGCAGGCAGCGCCCCGGCGGGCCCGGCGCCGGCCGGCGCGUCUCAGUAGAGAAAAUCAUGUCAGGAAGAACAUCAUCUUCAAGCCAUUUUCGUAUACCAAAGAAGAAAACAAACACCGAGUCAGAAGAUGUCCAAGUUCAGUCCCCUUUGGCAAGGCUCCCAGGCUCCCACCAUUGGGACUACCCUUUAAAAGAGUGGAGAUUAAGUGCCAGCUACAGAAAUCCUUCCACAAAAGGGAGAAGGCAAAGGGACCGUGACAGACACAGCUCUAACGACGAAGAAUCAGUCGGGCAACCCAAAGUUAUCUUGACGAAUGUCCUGAAGACGAAACUAGGAAGAAAGUACACACAGGCGCAACUUAAAACUGGUGCUAAUUUUUCUGAUGCUGGCAAGCGGCAGGCAGAUCUACCACCCUCAUCAUCUACUGCCAGCCUAAAGAUAUGGCAGAUUUUAAACCCUACUCUCCAAAGUCUUUUGCUAUCUAAAAGGCAACCCAAAGUUAUCUUGACGAAUGUCCUGAGGACGAAAAUUGGAAGAAAGUACAUAGACAACCGUGUAACAAUUGAUGCAAAUUUACCAGCUGCUGACAAAUUGCAGUCGGGUCAACUGCCCUCAUCAUCUGUUGCCAGCCUGCAGACAUGUCAAAUAUUAAGUUCUCCUCAUGAAAGUUCUUUUCUGUCUGAAAGGUCUGAACAUUGUCUGAGAAAGACAGAUGAUGAGCUAUGUAAUUUGACCAAAUCCUCUAAGGAACCAGGAAAAACUAAUGCUGUCACGUUAAGACGGCGGGAGCUGCAGAAGAAAGAUGCAGAAAACAAGCACUAUGAUGAACUGGAGAGGAGGAGCAGACAGAUGAACAGCACUACUCUUAGUCGGAAGGACUCGGGCUCUUUUGAUUCUGAGAAAAGGAAAAGAAGACAUAGUGACCAUAUUUCUGAUGAUUGUAAUGCAGACAUUCCAGAAAAAUCACUUGUACUCUCUGAAAAGCAAAGUUUGAGUUCAACUCCAGGCUGCAAAACACCCUGUGAGGACGCACAAGGUGACAGAUCUAAUGCUAUUCUAGUGCUGGAUGGUACUACCCAGCCAUUAGAGAGAGACUGUAAAGACACUUUCACGCACAACCGCUUAAGGCCUGCUCACGGCCGCACAGAGGAGUCUGGCUCAGAGUCUCCUCCCAGGAAGUUGUCAGAGAAACAACCUUCUGCCACCAGCAAGGACGUGAUUGUACCACGAGUUAGUACGAUCAGGAAAUUAAAGAUGGACCCAUCUCAGUACCUGAGCAAGCUGCGGAACAGAAUCUGCAGGGGUAAUCAGCAACUUGUUUCCGUUGACCCAAUCGUCCUUUCCAGUGAUGAUGAAGAUUCACCUGCUGAACCACAGUGCACAGAGCUGAUGCAGGAUGGUAUCACUGAAAUCAAAGAAACAGACCAACAAUCUGACUUCUCAGCCAAGCAACUGGAAGACAAGAUGGAAAGCCACAAAGAGCAGUUUUUAACAGAGUCGAUUGAAGAUAAAUGCCUGAUCGCCUUACCUUCUGAGAGAACACCUAGAAAACAGAUAAACCCGUCACUGGAUGUUACAUUUGAUAGUCUAUACAUUGGGAAAUUUAAAUGCUUAUCAGUAGGUCCUGCUAGGUUUACAGCAAAGAAUAUUGUGAUCCCACUCCAGGUGGCUCUUAAUAAGAACUUUAAGCUGACAGUGGAUACUCUGGAUCUGAGAAGGUUUGGCCUGUGGAGAAGUGAUGGUGGCUGUUCUUCAACAACUAUCAUUUUUCUUUGGUUGUCUACGGAUUAUGUAGAAAACAUGGAAACCCAAUUUGGAAAGUUAGUUAUCAGCAAGCCGUCCAAACCUGGUGAAUUUGUAUUUCUUGAAUUGUCCCAACCACUCACAGAGUGGGAAGAAGACAGACUGACUGAACUGAUUACAAAUGUGAGCAAGAAGAACAGAGCACCAGAUCUCGCUGAGAUUUUGUCCUUGAAGCAAGCAUUUCCCUUGUUUAAGGAUCUUACUCCUGAAGAAAGCUCUUUCAUAAGUUGCCAUAAGGAUCUACUGAAGCAAUAUAUGCCAAAAAAGAAUACCUCAGAUGCUCAUGAAUCUGCAGUUCAGGAAUCAAAACUAAAAGUGGUCAGGCCCAGUUAUGCACUUGCAAAUAAGCAGAAUUGUGGUUGCUAUUCUAUCUCUUUGUCCUCUGCACUGAAUGAAGAAUGGAAAGAAGUAAGAGAAACAGGAACAGUUAAGAAUUUAAUUGUUUACCCACCCCCACCUGCAAAAGGAGGACUGGGAGUCACAAGAGAAGACUUAGAGUGCUUAGAGUAUGGAGAGUUUCUCAAUGAUGUCAUCAUUGAUUUCUAUCUUAAAUACCUGUUGUUGGAGAAGGCACCAAAACGUCUUGCUGACCGUACACACAUUUUUAGCAGUUUCUUCUAUAAGUGCCUGACCAGGACAGAAAAAACCUCUGAGGGGGAUGUCAAAGUUUCAGUGGCACAGAGAAGACACAGAAGAGUAAGAACAUGGACUCGUCGUAUAAAUAUCUUCAGUAAAGAUUAUAUCUUUGUGCCUGUGAAUGAGGAGUCUCAUUGGUACAUUGCAGUUAUCUGUUUCCCUUGGUUAGAAGAAGCUGUGUAUGAGGAUUGUCCCCAUCAGAAUUCCUUAUCUCACCAGUCUCCACUUCGUUCAGAGAGUGAGAACACUAGACCUGGUUCAGUGUUCUUCAAGGGUGAAGAAGAAAUGGAUUCCAACAGAAUUUUAUUCUCAAAAGGUGGCAAUGAAAUUGCUGCUGCUGCUUCAGUUCUAGAUUCAGCUAUUUCUAAAAUCUCCCUAAGUAAUUCCAAAAGGCAGAUUUGUAAAAGGCCUUGUAUACUCAUCUUAGAUUCUUUGAAAGCUGGUUCUGUGCAGAAAACAGUUCAGGUUUUGAGAGAGUACCUUGAAAUGGAAUGGGAAGCCAAGCGGAAAACACAUCGGGAAUUCAGUAAAUCAACAAUGAUUGAUCUGUGUCCCAGAGUGCCUAAGCAAGAUAACAGCAGCGACUGUGGGGUCUAUCUGCUGCAAUAUGUGGAAAGCUUUCUCCAGAACCCCAUAGUUAACUUUGAAGAGCCACUGCAUCUGGAGAAUUGGUUUCCUCGUCAGCUGAUCAGAAGCAAAAGAGAAGAAAUUCGUGACCUGAUCUUGCAAUUGCACUUUCAACAGCAUAGUGGCAGCAGCAGCUAACAAAUCUAAAGGCAGACCUGGCAAAGGACAUUGCUGUAUAAAGUAACUGGAACUCUGCCUAGCAGCACUUGAUCUCUCCCUGCCUUGCAAGGAACACAAAAAAAAAAACAACCAGAAGAAGUAUUUUUUGUUCAGCAUGUAUUUAUUUAAAGAUUUUUUUUUCAGUGGUGUUGUGUGGUCCUAGAAUGCUGGGAGGGGGGAAGGGAGAAGGUUGUAGCUAAGAGUGUAAAUAUAAGUUAAAGCUAAUGCACGUGGAUUGCUAGUUGAACCUUUGUUUGGCAUAUAAAAACUGCUUACAGGUAUAUGCCACAAAGAUAUAAAAAUACUUUCGUCUUUUGGAGCCUCUUCUUUAUAAUUCUACUUAAACGUGAAUGGUAUAUAAACAUGGAGUUGGCCAUGACAACAGGAUUUUGGUCCUGUAUGUGUCUUUUGAUUUUGCAACUGAUACAAAUUGAGUGAAUACUAUGUAUUGUUUUAAUUUAAGGAUGUAAUAUUGACUCUCUUUAGAGAUUUAUGUUUUUGUUUUGUUUCUGAUUAUAUACAGACAUAAUCUGCAUGUGUCAGAAAAUUCUGCCAAGAUUUGAGGCUGAGUUUUUGUUAUAUUUUUUAUUAACAUUAUUUCCCUCCCUGUAAUUUUCUUCAUAAAAAUGAGUUUUCAGGAGUGGAAGACAUUUACUUGAGAGUGACUAUUGAAAUACUCUAAAGUCAAGAGUGGAUUUUUUUUAAAGUAUUUUUUAUUUUUUUUUCUUAUCAGAUUUCAGAAGACAACUUGCUCGCAAAGUACAUACCAAUACAGUAUGUGUAAGCAGUAGAUUUUUAAUGCUGUUCACCUGUUUUUUGGAAAUAAUUUCUACAAAUCUUAUCAUCACCUGCAUUAGCAAGGCAAGCAGGCUGUGGCUUAACAGCCUCAAAAGUCUGAGGGGUUUUACUGAAAAUUAGGGUCAAUAUGUGUGUGUGAUAUGUCUUUAAGAUAUGUGAUUUACAUAUAAGACAAACAGGAUUUACACUUAGCUUAGAAGAAUUGCAUAAAGAUGCAUGAAUAUUGAGUGUCUGAACUCAGACUUGAUUUGAUAAACUAGCAUAAGUUUAUCAAUCUGCCUACAUAUUUAUGUAGUUUUUCCUCAAAUAGCAAUCACAUAAAAUUUCAAUAACAUUUUGAUGUGCACACUUUUUUCUGUACUUUCUGCACGAUAGAAGGUGAUUGUUAUAAGAGGAUGUUUUCUCCUGUUCCUCACUAUAAGUUUAAGUGUCAUCUCACCCUUCAGAAGGUGUGCCAGAUAACCACCAAAGCCACCUGUGUCAUGAAAUAAUCUACAAAAGCAGAGCUCUUAAACUGGAAGUAGGAUAGGGAGUUAAAAUAAAAAAUGAGGGCAACCCAAAGAUAUGAACAUUGUUAUGUCACUGCAGAAUUCUCAGGGCCCCUUCCCUCAAGACAACUCUGAAACUGAGCAUUUGGAAAAUCCAGUUAUUACUUCAGGUCCUGUACAGUCAUCCAACACCCCCCCUACACCCCCUUAUUGUUUCUCAAACCAGGAAGCAUUCUUGCUGGAGCAGAGAGGCAAUUUGAAAACAAAGCAAUUUGCUGAACACAGUUACCUUCUGUAUAGCUGUGAGCAGCCCAGUACAAUUACUGUAUGUUUUUUGUCUUUGUUUCUACUUUAAUUCUGUAAUAUGUCACUACCCGUCCUCCCCUCCACCCCCCAACAUCUCUCGCUCUCAUCACGGUGUUUGUUGUUCAGUACCUAAAUCACAACACCAGCAUUACUUACAAGGGUGAUCUAUGUAUUUAUUGUAAAACAAAUGAAAGAUAAAAUGCAGAAAUACGUGCCCUUUUUUAAUUGAUGAAUAUUUUCAGUGUUUCCUUAUAAAAAAUAGUUUGGGCUUUUUCUUAUGGUAAAGUUAGCUUUUAUCAUCAAGUGAGACUUGUUCUCUUUCAGGUUGACUGGUUUAUAAAUGUUUAAAAGCAAAAGUAAUUUUUAAAAUUUUCUAAAUUUAUUUUAUAACAUGAAAGGAUUGCCUUUUUAGAUUUGCUACAUGCAUGCUAUGAGAAUGCCAAUGCAUUUGAUAUUAAAAUUAUCUCCAGAAGUU